UCCCUGGUGUGGGUGAGGUAAUCUGUGCUGAGUGAAGACGUACUUUGUAAGCUCUUUGUAAAACUGAACCAACUAUGCUCUCAAUCGAGCAACGCUACCAACAGCUUAAAGAGGAGCAGAAGGAGGUCAGACGAGAGAGAUUCGACGACUGACUGAAGAAUAAGUAUGAUCUUUCGGCAGAAUGGAGGAAGCUACAUUUACCUGCAGGAGGCGUUUGGUCCCAUUCCUGCAUUCCUACACCUGUGGAUGUCUGUUCUGAUAAGUACGCCGAGCAAGAGAGCCAUCGGGGCGCUAACCUUUGCUAACUACAUCAUAAAGCCCUUCUUUCCAGAAUGCCAGGAGCCUCCGAAGUCCGCUCUCAGGAUGGUCGGAAUCCUUUUCAUUGUAACGUUAGCGUGGGUCAACUCCAGGAAGGUCAAAUGGGCUACCAGAGUGCAGAACACACUGGCACUGACUAAGGUAUUGGCACUCAUCAUGAUCAUCGUAAUUGGUAUCAACUACCUGGCGUGGGGACGCACACACAACUACAGACACAUCAUGGUCGGCACCAACUGGGAUCCAGCAUCAAUCGCCACAGCGUUUUAUCAGAGUCUCUACGCUUACAGUGGCUGGGGCAACGUUGGUCUGAUCUUAGAGGAAAUUAAGGACCCAACGAGGAACGUGCCGAAGGCCAUCGCUAUCUCGUUCACCAGUAUCACAGUGAUCUAUGUCCUCACCAACGGCGCCUACCUCGCUGUGCUCACACCCAGCCAGAUGCUCUCCUCUGCAGCCGUGGCUGUGCUUUUCGGCAACCUGACCAUGGGUGUGAUGGCGUGGAUGAUUCCCUUCUUCGUGGCUUGUUCUACUGCUGGUUCCUCCAAUGGCGUCAUUUUCGCAGAUGCGAGGCUUCUGUUUGCCAGUUCGAGGCGCGGCCACAUACCACGAGUGUUCUCCCAACUCCACGUCCACAACUGCAUUCCCAUCCCUGCCCUCAUCUUCAUCGCCUCUAUCACCAUGAUGAUGUUCGUGACCUCAGACGUGGUAGUGCUCAUCAACUACCUCUCAUUCUCCGGUAGUCUGGUUGAACUGGGCUCCAUGAUAGCCUUCUUCUGGUUCCGCAUCAAGCAGCCCGACCGACACAGGCCAAUGAAGGUGUGGAUCGGCCUCCCCAUAAUAUACUUCAUGGUCUCUGUGUUCCUGACGGUGCUGCCAGUGGUCCGUCAACCACUGGAAGUGUUGGUGGCAGUGAUCGUCAUCAUCACGGGUCUUCCAGUCUACUACUUCACCAUCCACAGACAGAAGAAACCACAGAAGUUACUCCAGGUUAUGGACAAAGUGGAGUACCUGUGUCAGCUGGUGUUCCUGACGGUGCCGGAGGAUAAAACGGUGUGAGGACGUGUGAACCACUACACAACCUAUCAAUGUUGCACUGUCGAAAUGAGCAGAACUCUUGCGUGGCAGAUUCAGUAGCCUGAAGCCUACAACACGAGUCUUCCACAUCGUUGUAAGAGCCUUCAAGGCUACAGCACUCUAAAAAGUACACACAGAGCCUCACGAUCUAAGAUACAAAUUUCUUUUAUUUUUUGACUGUAUGGUCAUCAGCAUGUACAUAAACCCUCAAAGGAAGAAACAAAAGUUUGUCCAAGGUGACUCAAGGAACUCUGAUACUGAUACUCAACACUUGCUGUAACCCCCGCCCCCUUCCUCGUCUCUCUGAAAUAUUAAGAGAGGAAACGUGCAUCUCCUAGGGACGUAGUGGCCAGGUUAAGGCUUGGUUACAAGUAGUUCUGGAAGUUUGGAAGACACACAGAUGAUGAUCAAACUAAAUGCAAAUUAUGUGAUCAGACAUAUGGUCACUGUCUUGAACACUAUGUGCUUAAUUGUCCACUUAUUGAGGAAUACAGAGACAGACAGUAUAAUAACCUAUGUGACAUGUCAAGAUAUCUUAUUAAUGAAAAUAAGAUACCAGAUAUACUAAGCAAAUUUCCUAAAUUUGCUUGUAACAGAUAAGUGAACUGUAGAUAUGUAAAUAUAAAUCCAUAUGUACACCAGUUAACCCUUUUGGGGCCUAGUUCAUAGGCCUUUUGUGUACCCAUAUGCUCUUGCGCUACCGUCUACAGGAUGGAUAUGGGGUGCACAAUAAACUAGCCACUUCGGUGGCAAAAUCUAAAUCCUAGGGACGGUUACAUACUAUAUGUAGUGUCAGUUCUUGAGAAUAUGAAGUUUAUGGUGGUUCUAUAUGCUACGUUCUGAUCUCAUGAGAAGCAUGAUUCAUCCAUGAAGUCCUUUCUUAUCUCCACUUUAAGGGUGCAACAGGCUGCUGGAUGUUCUCCCUCAAUGGCAGAGGUAUAUAAUGCUAGGGAGUUUUACAAAUGUGAAUGCACACACACACAUGGGCGCGUAGCAAAUCUAAGAAUUGCGUUUCGACAUAUAAGCAAGAAGUCAUUCACGACACUGUACAUUGUGUACGUCAGGUCCAUACUGGAGAAUGUAGCACCAGUAUGGAAUCCACACCUGGUCAAGCACGUCAACAAAUUGAAAAGAGUGCAAAAGUUUGCAACAAGAUUAGUCCAUGAGCUAAGAGGUAUGUACUACAAGGAGAGGUUAAAGAAGCUCAAUCUGACGACACUAGAGAAUAGGAGGGAUAGGGGAAGAUAUGAUAACGACGUGUAAAAUACUGAGAGGCAUUGACAAGGUGGAUAGGGCCAGAAUGUUUCAGAGAUGGGACACAGGAACAAGGGAACACAACCGGAAGUUAAAACCUUAAAUAAGUCAUAGGGAUGUUAAGAAGUAUUUCUUCAGCCUUAGACUUAUCAGGAAGUGGAACAAUCUGGUGAGUGAAGUAGAGGAGGCAGGAUCCAUACAUAGGUUGGAGUAGAGGUACGAUAGGGCUCUUGGAGCAUGGAGAGAGUAGACAUAGAAGCUACUAGCGAAGAGGCAGGCCAGAAGCUGUGAAUAGACCCUUGCAACCACAAAUAAGUGAGCACACACACACACACACACACAC